UCUCUGAGUCUGGUCCCUCUCCAAAUCUGGUCAUUUCCGAGUUCGGCCUCAAUACCGUACCUGACUCUCUGUAAUUUUGAGCCAGCUCCCCCCCAAAAAAAUUACUUCUGUUUUCCCCCUCCCAAAAGUCCUUCCGGGCGUUUACUUGACUGUUCAAUUAUUUUAUUUCGGAGGACUCAGGUCAAUCGUCCGCGGUCACUGAAUCCCCUCCUCUUUCUCCUCUCUUCUUCAAUCCAUCCAUCCACCUUCAUCUUCUCCCUCCUUCUCUCCCACUUCAAGUCCAACAAAUCACUUCGUGCAGGGUGGAUUGCUUGCCGACCUAUCCCUCCUCUUCGUCUUCUCUGUUAUAUCGUUCUCUUGAUCCGGGCUCUCUUCCUCUUCUCUACAUACAACCUCUCCUCAAUCGUCAGGACCUUCCUCUAUUUGUCCUCCUCUCUGAUCCUCCAUUUCUAUCGUCAUGUCCGCCAAGUCGAUUCUCGAAGCUGAUGGCAAGGCCAUCCUCAACUACCACCUCACCCGGGCUCCUGUCAUCAAGCCGACUCCUCUCCCUCCUUCCUCCACCCACAACCCUCCUCCCAGACUUGCCUCCAUCUACUUCCCCGAAGACGCCGCUGUGAAGGAUGUCUUGGACCAGACGGAGGUUGUCUACCCUUGGCUGCUGACUCCCGGCGCCAAGUUCGUCGCUAAGCCAGAUCAAUUGAUCAAGAGACGGGGUAAGAGCGGUUUGCUCGCUCUGAACAAGACCUGGCCCGAGGCCAGAGAGUGGAUUGAGGCUCGUGCUGGCAAGGAGAUCAAGGUUGAGACUGUCACCGGUGUUCUUCGCCAGUUCCUGGUUGAGCCUUUCGUUCCCCACCCUCAGGAGACUGAGUACUACAUCAACAUCAACUCCGUGCGAGAGGGUGACUGGAUCCUCUUCACACACGAGGGUGGUGUGGACGUUGGUGAUGUCGAUGCCAAGGCCGAGAAGCUUCUUAUCCCCGUAAACCUGAACAACUACCCCUCCAACGAUGAGAUUGCUGCUGCUCUUUUGAGCAAGGUGCCCAAGGGCGUUCACAAUGUCCUGGUUGACUUCAUCUCCCGUCUCUACGCCGUUUAUGUUGACUGCCAGUUCACCUACCUUGAGAUCAAUCCUCUGGUUGUCAUUCCCAACGCUGAGGGUACCUCCGCGGAGGUGCACUUCCUUGAUCUUGCCGCUAAGCUUGACCAGACUGCUGAGUUUGAGUGCGGUACGAAGUGGGCUAUUGCCCGCAGCCCUGUCAACCUCGGCCUGGCCACCGUUCCCCAGGCGGACGGCAAGGUCAACAUUGAUGCUGGCCCGCCAAUGGAGUUCCCCGCUCCCUUCGGUCGUGAGCUGAGCAAGGAGGAGAAGUUCAUCUCCGACAUGGAUGCCAAGACCGGUGCUUCUCUCAAGCUGACUGUGCUCAACGCCAAUGGCCGUAUCUGGACUCUGGUCGCUGGUGGUGGUGCAUCCGUCGUGUACGCCGAUGCCAUUGCCUCCGCUGGUUUCGUCAGCGAGCUCGCCAACUACGGUGAGUAUUCCGGUGCUCCCACCGAGACUCAGACCUACAACUACGCCAAGACCGUUCUGGACUUGAUGCUGCGCGCACCUAUGCACCCUGACGGCAAGGUUCUCUUCAUCGGUGGUGGUAUUGCCAACUUCACCAACGUCGCCUCGACGUUCAAGGGUGUCAUCCGUGCGAUCCGCGAGGUCGCCCCUGUUCUCAACGAGCACAAUGUCCAAAUCUGGGUUCGUCGUGCUGGUCCCAACUACCAGGAGGGUCUCAAGAACAUCAAGGCCGUCGGUGAGGAGCUGGGUCUUAAGAUGCACGUGUACGGUCCUGAUAUGCACGUCAGUGGUAUCGUCCCUCUUGCUCUGCUAGGCAAGAAGACCGACAUCAAGGAGUUCGGAUCUGCUUAAAAAAUGGGAAAGAAAUUUGCUUUGCUUUAAUCAUUUAAUUUCUCCGGUUUCCUUUCUACUUACAUUUUGUUUUCCUUUUUCUGUUCUGAACGCAUGGCAUGAUACGGAACUUUUUUCCUUACUUAUCUAGCGAGGACUGGACAUACAAGCAGUAUGACACAUGACACUGCACUAACAAGGUUGAAGAAGAGAAGGGGAUAUCCAUUUGUGCUGGAGUCAGCUGUUUCUCUUAGACUAUAGUCUUGGUUGAUUGCGAGGCAUGGGUCUGCGCAGUGAUAGUCAAAUUAAUCCAAUGAUAACGAUCUUCAAUG